AGUCUUUCCUAGAGUAUGCUGCCACGCGUGGAGAUUAUCCGCCGAGCAAGGGUGACGGCCGCUGGUUUAGCUGCUGCUGAUUUGUGUCUGUCUUCCGCCUAAUUCCACCAUGCAAGCCAGCUCAGCACAGCGGCACGUGGAACGCAGCUGGAGAUAUGAAAGCUGCGAGGCGACGCGUGAGAGCCCCGACAUGGCAUGGCGUGGCGUGGCGUGGCGUCGCGCGUUGGUGGAGGCGGGAGACAUCUGGACAUUGGAAGCUGUAGAAGCUGGACGGCGGGUCUGCAGCCUCGUUCGUGCCGCAGGGGGGAAAUUCCCACGUUCCACGGAAAGACUGGCGAGAACUUCGCCACGGCAGCCCGCUUGAAACCCCAUCCUCGGCUCGGUAGCUGCAGAGAUGGUGAGGGCUUCCGAGAGGUCGCCGCGAGGAGCGAUCGCUGCAGGCGGUGGUCGCGGAAGGGGAAGCCGCAGCGGAAAGGAGCGCGGGACGGGGAAGGGAAGGGCGUCGUCUGCGGCGGCAUCAGUUGAGAGCGGUGGAGGUUCGGUGGAGAGGGGUGGAGGGUCGGUGGAGAGGGGUGGCGGAUCUGUGAAUCCAGGGUCGGCAGCGAGCGAAGGGGGAGAACGAGGCAGAGGCAGCCCGGCGCGUAAGGCACGUGGCGGGAAGGCGCGUGGCGGGUUAAGCCGGGGUUCGGCGGAGAAGGGCCGGACUCGCGGAGAGGAGGAGCGCCGUCUUGGGGGCGAGGACGCGGAGGCGGAAGGCCGUCGAGUGGGCGGUGCUAGGGAGCCCGGGUUGAGAGGAGGGGCGCACAGGGGGAGGGGAAGGGGCCGACGAGGGCGGCCGAGUAAGGCGAAGGCGGAAGGCCGGUUGGAGGUGGGAAAGCCCGCAGAGGAGGAGGGCGGAGGCGGCGGGGAGGGGCGUGAAGGGGGAGCAGUGGGGUGGGAAGGAGGUGGCAAGGAGCGGAGCCUGCUGAGCGGGUUGAGACUUGAAGACUUCCCGCCGGUGGAGCAAGGCGUGCUGGUGGGCGAGAGAGAGGCGGCCAGUGAGACGCUGGAGGAGGAGGAGGAAGGAGAGGGGGAAGAGUGGGCAGGAGGGGGCGAGGAGGGGGAGGAGGUGACGGGGUUGGAGGAGGGGAGUGAGGAGGAAGGAGGGGAGGGCGUGGAGGAGGAGAUCCAGGGGCUGCUGAGAGACGCGCUGGCAGCUGAAGAGGCAGAGGAGAAGCAAGCGGAAGCACAGUCAGCAGCAGCAGCAGCAGCAGCAGGAGCAGCAAGAGAAGCGGCUGCUGCUGCAGUGACGGGAGAAGGGAUCACUAAGGAGAGACCUGCAAGGCCUCGAGCGGAGAGGGUCGGGUGGGUGGCGGGAAGCACAGGGCGCUUUGUGAAGGCCUUCAAGGCGCGCGAGGUGCCCCAGGUGGAUCCGAGGAGGAGCGUGGGAGGGCAAGGAGGGCCAGAAGAACGAGGGGGGGAGGUAGGGGAAGGAGAGCAGGGCGGAGGAGGAGAACAACAGAUGCAAGCUGCAGGCACAGGAGGAGCAGUAGAGGAAGGAGGGGUGGCAGCAGGACAAGGAGGGGCAGCAGCAGGGCAAGGAGGGUCAACAGUGACGGCAGUGGUGACGCGCACGCACAGAGAGACUGUGGCGGUGUCAGACGAGCAGCAGGUGGUGCGAGUCACAGAGAGGACCGUGCGGGUGCAAGUGCAGGGGGAGGAGGUGGAGGAGGGGAGUGAAGCUGCAGCUGAGGCAGUGCGUGGCGUUGCUGCCCUUGUGCCUGCGACGGCCCAACCUGUUGUCGAGAUGGCUGGUGGGUCGGAUGUGCAGGCCCUUGCAGAGCAGCCGCAGGAGAAGCAGCCAGUGGUGGCGGCAUUAGCAAAAACCGGUGGCACGAGACCUGGUGCGACUGCAGCCACAACAGUAUCUGAAGCAACGGGUGCAGCCCUAAAGACACCCUCUGCGACUCCAAAGACUCUAUCUGCGGCAGCAGCAGCUUCCCCAGCUGGAGCGCCGGCAACACCGUCUGCUGCAGCUGCUGUGCCCCCUGCAUGGCGCCUGGACGACCAGCAGCCGACUGAUAGGGGAAGCAAGGCUGGAAAAGAGCAAGCGGUGGGUGAGAAGACUGCGGAGGGCAGCAGAGGAGGUGGCGCUGCUAGUGGGCCGCGGGGAAUGAAGCGACCUGCUGCCAUGAUGGGAGGUGGGGGAGGGCUGGGCGUUGGAGGGCUGAGUGUUGCAGGGGGUGGGACGUCUGUAGGGCUAGGUCUUCCUGGUGGGUCCGUGGGGCUUGGUGGGCCUGGUGUGGGGCUUGGUGGGCCUGGUGUGGGGCUGGGCAGCAUGGUGUCAGCGAUGGAUUCGCGCAUGGUGGAGAUGGCGGUGCGGCACGCCAUGGCGGCACGCGUGGAGGGGCAGAGGAGGGCGGUGGAGGAGAGGAGGAGGGUGGUGAGGCAGAUGCGUCUGCAGGAGGAGCGGAGGAGCAGCGAGGCCACAAGGCUGCAGGCCGAGAGGGAUGCGCACCUCAGGGACAUGGACGACACAUUGCUGGAGCUGGUUGCAAGGGCCGAGGGUCUCGAGAGGGCAGCCAAGGAAGCACGGCGGGUGGCAGACAGAGCCGUGCAGGACAAGGCAGCACAGGAGGCGGCGAUCAGAGAGAGAUACCAGGCGCUCCUAUCAGAUGACAAGGAGAGAGAUGCACUUGCAGAGGCACAGCGUGAGUUGGAUGCUCAGCAGGCAGAGCUGCAAGAGCUUGAAGCAAAUCAGCCAGCUCUGGUUGAAGACCUUACGAUGAAGUUCUGGGGCAAUGUGAAGAGCCAAUUAUAUGGUAGUGAUGGCUGAACCUGCUACUGCAGUAUUUUUUCAACCAAACUGCUCAGUUGGUGCAGUUGAAGGCGAAGUUAGGGGCAAAAUCAAGAGCAGGGUCCUCCGUAGGCUUAUUCCACUUUCUAAGCCAUCAGACAAACCAUACGGGGAUUUCUGACCAUCAGACGAGCAGUUUCUCAUUUUCUGUUUUUUAAGACUACGCAAAACGAUAUCUGAUUUCCGAGACGAAAUGUAAUACGAU